CGCGGAGGCGGUGCGGGGCUUGGCUCGGUCCCCGCCUUCCCCCGGCACCACCUGUCAGCAUGGAGGCAGAAUCCAUGAGGCAAAAUCACCCUCGGCGAAGACGGGGAAGGGUCAGCACCAGCCCCCCGCGCCCUGCGGACAGCACACCCGGUGUGGCAGCCUCCUGCAGCCGGUACCCUCUCAGACGAGGCAGCUCCUUCACAUUUCUGACUCCAGGACCCCAGUGGGACUUCACCCUGAAAAGGAAACGCCGAGAGAAGGAGGAGGAUGCAGUCAGCCUUUGCAGCCUUGACUUUAAGGAGCCAAGCAAUAAACGGGUUCGGCCUUUAGCCCGGGUCACAUCCCUGGCAAACUUGAUCUCUCCUGUCAGAAAUGGUGCAGUUCGACGCUUUGGGCAAACCAUCCAGUCAUUUACCCUCCGCAGUGACACCAAAUCCCCUGGCUGUGCCCAGAAGUCAUGUAGCAGAUCUGCUGCUCCUACACCUCCCAAAAGAAGAAACAGUGUGCUUUGGUCUGAGAUGUUGGAUGUCAACAUGAAAGAGUCUCUGAGCACCAAAGAAAUCAAACGUCAGGAGGCAAUUUAUGAAAUGUCCAGGGGAGAGCAGGACCUCAUUGAGGACCUGAAGCUUGCUAGAAAGGCCUAUCAUGACCCCAUGCUGAAACUCUCCAUCAUGUCUGAGGAGGAACUCGCCCACAUUUUUGGGGACUUGGAUUCUUACAUUCCUCUGCAUGAAGACUUGUUGGCAAGUUUAGGAGAAGCAACCAAACCAGAUGGAACAGUGGAGCAGAUCGGGCCCAUUCUUGUCAAGUGGUUACCACGACUCCAUGCCUACAAAGGAUACUGCAGCAAUCAACUGGCAGCCAAAGCCCUUCUGGAUCAGAAAAAGCAGGACCCAAGAGUGCAGGACUUCCUCCAACGCUGCCUUGAGUCUCCUUUCAGCAGGAAAUUGGACCUUUGGAGCUUCCUGGACAUUCCUAGAAGUCGUCUGGUUAAGUAUCCACUGCUCCUGAAAGAGAUCCUCAGGCACACUCCCAAAGAUCAUCCUGAUAUCCAGAUUCUGGAAGAAGCUAUAUCUAUCAUCCAAGGAGUCCUCUCUGACAUCAACCUGAAGAAGGGGGAGUCAGAGUGCCAGUACUACAUUGACAAGCUGGAAUACCUGGAUGAGAAGCAGAAGGACCCAAGGAUUGAAGGCAGCAAAGCUUUACUGUGCCAUGGGGAGCUGAAAAAUAAAAAUGGACAUAAACUUUAUGUCUUCCUCUUCCAAGACAUCCUGGUGUUGACCCGGCCGGUGACUCGCAACGAGCGUCAGGCAUUCCAGGUCUACAGGCAGCCAAUCCCUGUCCAGGAGCUGCUCCUGGAAGACCUGCAGGAUGGAGAUGUGAAAAUGGGAGGAUCUUUCCGAGGAGCUUUUGGCAAUUCUGAUAAAGCUAAAAACAUCUUCCGAGUUCGUUUCCAAGAUCCUUCCCCAGGUCAGUCCCACACCCUGCAGGCCAACGAUGUCUUCCACAAGCAGCAAUGGGUCAACUGCAUCCGAACCGCCAUCGCUCCCUUCCACCCCCCGGCCCCGGAGCUGAAGGAGCUGCCAGAGCUCAGCGAAGAGUCAGAGGAGAACAACCCCUCAACACCCAACCUCAAAGCCCAGAAGAGGGAAUCUGUCACCUCAGGCCUCAAUGAGAUGGAAAUAGAGGAAAACCUCUCUGAGUGUGGUUCCAUCUUGGACUCAGAGGAAGCCAAAGGUGGGAAAAGCCACCGAACGUCCUUUGGGCACAGAAAAACCCGUGAGAAGCAGCAGCUCAGCACCAAGAGGAAAGAAACCCUGGUGUGAGGAGGAGUUUGGUGACUUGGUUGGGAGACUGUUUAUUUAUAAAUAACGUGUACAUUUUGUUGUUUCUUGGGACGUUCAGCAUGGUGGGAGUCACUCUCCUGAACCAGAAUAUUUGGGGGUUUUUGUUUCUUUUUGUUGUAAUGGCAGCUACUGGUGUGCAGUUGACACUGUCGAACUGGAGUCUGUUUUUACACACCUGGGGAACCUUUUUUUUUUUUGCCUUUCAACCCUGGGGGUGAUGUAAAAAAGCCCUCAGGCUUUCCACUCCUCACAGCAGGGUUUUUGGGAGAGCACCCUUUGCUGCUUUCCAAAAGAUUUUCCACGGGUGGUGGUUGAGGCUGGAAAAACAGCAAAGCUAAUGGGGAAGUUUUGGGCCAGCACCUCCCUUGGCAGGGGGGGUUUUGGAUCAACCCUGCAAAAGUCCUUUUUAAAAGGGGACUCAAAACCUUUGAGUUCCUGCUUUCCCCUUGUCUUGUACAGUGCAUGGUUUGCAGUGGGGGGGGGGGUUUAGCAUUGAUCCACUUGAUUUUCACAUGAGAAAAAAGUAACAACAAACAGACCCCAGGUUCAACAGGUUCUCAAUUCACCUACUGGAAUCUUUCAUCUUCAUGUGUCCUUUGUACAUUCCUCAUUCUCACUCUUGUAACCUGCCAGAUAUUUAAGUUUUUCCUUAGUUGUUUUGUUGGGGUUUGUUUGUUUUUUGUUUGUUUUGUUCUUUUUAUUUUUUUUUUCUUUCUUUUAUUUUUUUUUUUUACUUUUAUAUUUCAUUGUUGUUCAGAUUUGGCAUUUCCUUUCCAGUACUUGGUCCCUCUUGCUGGGAGGUGGCACAUCCCAUUUCCUCACCUGAAAGCCACAUUGUCUCAGGUGAAGCCACAGGGUGACAAAGCUGGUGGCCAGGAGGAGACACUCAACCUCUCCCCACUUACCAUGAGCCACAUCCUUGGCUCCACUUCUAGGUUUACUGCAAGAGAACUGCAUCACUAAUGGGGUUUAGGAAGGUUUUAGGAAAGUUGCAAAGGGUUUGGGGAGGGAAGAAGAGGAGCAGGUAGAGGGGAGUAGCAGGGAGUGAAGGUAGAUUAUUAAUUUUUUUGUUUAAUUUUGGUGUUACUGUUGCCUUUUGGAAAUGAAAAGCCUUCUAAAAGGAGGCAGGACUGGAGGCAACCAAGGGUUUAAUGCACGUGGUAGAAAGGUAGAGAAGAAGAAAGGGUUUGAAGCCACUGAGGUGUGAGGAUGGAGGAGAUGUUGGUUGUUCCAUCCAGGUGAUGGCAUCACCCCUAUCCUGCAGAGCUCCAAAGAUGGGUCUGAGAGAUGGGACACAAAGGUUUGGGAGGGACAGAAACCAGUGAGAGCUUCCAACCAAACCAACAACAAGUUCCUUGUCAUUCAGCCCACCCCAACACACCCAUCCUGGGGACAGCACCCAGCAGAAUGGGUGCUGGAGAGGCAGGUGAGGGGUCUCCCCUGUCACCUGCUGGGCUGGUCCCUUUGGAGAUGGGGAGGGGGUGUACAUAGACACAAAAUGUCUGUGCUUCUCUGUAAAUGUCUUGUACAGCUUCGAGUGCCAAGUACAAUUAAAUUCCUGACACCCUC